CACAUUGAAACAAAACUAAAAAACAAAAGCCCUCGAUUUUCUCUCAAACCUUACAAACACCUCCCUCCCCCUCUCGCUCGCCGUUAAUCGCUUUCCAUGGAAGACGACCGCCGUGUCGGAGAUCUUGUCCGGGAAUUAGUCCACCGUCUGCAUAACAAUUCUUCUUCUUCACUUUCAAACUCAAAACCUAACCCUAGCAAUGUCAAGUACGCCACUCGCAUUUUAUCCAGCCGAAUGACGCCAUCGAUCGCCGCCGACGAAGCCGCUAUGGCGUAUUCUAUCAAGAGCCAACUCGUUAAACAAGGUAAACUGUCUGAUGCCUUAUCGUUUGCAGAUCUCUAUUCUAAAUUCGCUUCUAAAAAUGGCCCUGGUAGUGUUAACAAUAAGUGGGCCGUCCUUUAUUUGCUCAAAGUCAUUUCCGAAGAUCGUAAAAGUAACCUUAAACUUCAAAGCGAUUCGAGCUUUUCUGGUGGACUCCCAACGUUACUUGAGCCUGAAACCAAUGGAAAUCUUGCUAGGGUUACAAAGGAUAGUUCUGGUUUUUCACGUUUAGGGAAAUUUUUUGAUGAUGAUGGGAAUGACGACACGGUUUCUAAUGAUAAUGUAAACGGUUUGCGUCAUAGUAAUUCAACAAAGUUCAACAAUGGUGGCGUUCUAUUGGUUUCAAAAGAUCCUGAGAAUUUGCGAGAUAUAGCGUACAGGGAGUUUGCUGUGAUAGUGAAGGAAGAGAAUGAUGUUUCAGAGGAGGUUUUGGUGAGAGAUGUGCUGUAUGCUUGUCAAGGAAUCGAUGGGAAGUAUGUGAAGUUCAAUGAAACCAUUGAUGGAUAUGCAUUACUGGAUUCAAUUAGGGUUCCAAAGCCUACCAAAAUCAUGAUCCGUAAGCUCUGUGAGCUUGGCUGGUUGUUCAAAAAGGUAAAAGGCUACAUCUCCGAUAGUAUGUACAAGUUCCAAGAUGAAGAUGUUGGAACAGUAGCUCAAGCAUUCUGUGCAGCAUUACAAGAUGAGCUUUCUGAGUACUAUAAACUACUAGCUGUACUCCAAUCACAAUCAAUGAAUCCAAUUCCUUUAGUUUCAGACAAUGCAACCUCAGGCAACUAUCUUUCUCUUAGAAGACUUUCAGUCUGGUUUGCAGAGCCAAUGGUGAAGAUGCGCCUAAUGGCUGUUCUUGUAGACAGCUGUAAAGCUCUCAAGGGUGGAGCCAUGGCUGGAGCAAUCCACAUGCACGCCCAACAUGGUGACCCUCUUCUCCAUGGUUUCAUGAAACGAUUACUUCGCAGAGUAUGUUCUCCUCUUUUCGAAAUGGUAAGAAGUUGGGUCUUAGAAGGUGAGCUUGAAGACAUCUUUUCUGAGUUUUUUGUUCUUGGACAAUCUGUAAAAGCAGAAUCUUUAUGGAGAGAAGGUUAUAAACUCCAUCCUGCAAUGCUUCCUUCUUUCAUCUCUCAAUCUCUCGCACGCCGUAUACUAAGAACAGGUAAAUCCAUCAACUUUCUUAGGGUUUGCUGUGAGGAUAGAACCUGGGCAGAUGCAGCAACACAAGCUGCAGCUGCUACAGGGACUACAACAAGAAGAGGAGGUCUAGGAUAUGGUGAAACAGAUGCACUAGAAUCUUUAGUCACAGAAGCAGCAAAAAGAAUCGAUAAACACUUAAUGGAUGUUGUUUACAAUCGUUAUAGAUUCAAAGAACAUUGUCUUGCUAUCAAACGAUACCUCUUAUUAGGUCAAGGCGAUUUUGUUCAGUACUUAAUGGACAUAGUGGGGCCCGAGCUUUCAGAGCCUGCUAACACUAUAAGUUCUUUCAAACUCUCCGGGCUUUUAGAAAGUGCAAUUAGGUCAUCAAACGCGCAAUAUGACGACCCUGAUGUUUUAGAUAGAUUACGUGUCAAAAUGAUGCCACAUAGUACUGGAGAUAGAGGGUGGGAUGUGUUUUCUUUGGAUUAUGAUGCGAGAAUUCCUUUAAAUACAGUAUUUACAGGCUCUAUAAUGGCAAAAUAUCUUAGAAUUUUUAAUUUUUUAUGGAAGCUUAGAAGGGUGGAACACGCGCUUAUUGGUGCAUGGAAGACAAUGAAACCGAAUUUGAUUACUUCUCAUUUCUUCACGAAGCUACCGAAGGCUGUUAAGUUUCGGUUGAUUUUGACUUCAAGAAGGUGUCAAGUUUUGUGGAAUGAAAUGAAUCAUUUUCUUACUAAUUUGCAGUAUUAUAUAAUGUUUGAGGUGUUGGAGGUUUCAUGGGCUAAUUUUUCUGAUGAAAUGGAAGCAGCUAAAGAUCUUGAUGACCUUCUUGCAGCUCAUGAUAAGUAUCUUCAUUCGAUUGUUGAGAAGUCUCUUCUUGGUGAACGUUCUAAAGAUUUAUACAAAACACUCUUCAUGUUGUUUGAUCUUAUAUUACGCUUCCGUAGUCAUGCAGAUCGACUUUAUGAAGGAAUUUAUGAAUUUCAAGCAAGGACAAUGGAAGAUAAGAAGAUGGAAGGUGUGAAACAUUCUAGAAGCAAGAAAAACAUGGAUUCUGAUUCAUGGGAAAGUGAAGGGAGGAAAGCGAUAACACAACGUGCGGGUGAUUUUUUGAAAAAUACAGGACAAGAUAUUGAUGCGGUUUCCAAGGAAUAUUCUUUACUCUUUAAAGGGUUUCUUUCUCAAUUGCCUGUGCAACAGCAUAUUGAUUUGAAGUUUCUCAUGUUUCGCCUUGACUUUACUGAGUUUUAUGGGUCUGCAUCUUAAAACAACAAUUAAAACACAAUUGGUUUGAAGUUUGAAGUUCCUCAUAAAACAAGCUUCCACGUGGCAUAUGAUAUGGGGGGCAGACAUGAUAUAACCUUUUUGUAUAUCAUUUCUUUUAGAUUGGAUUAGUUUGUGUGGACCACAGAAGGAGAAUGUGGGUGGAUUCAAGGUAUGUUGCUGAUGAUCUUUUAACUGUUGUGUAAUAUGGUUUUGUCAUUUGUGUUGGGUUGACUAAGAGUGAUGGGUGUUUUUUUUUUUUCUUUUACCAAUUUUUUUCUUCAAAUGUUCUGUCAAUAGUUUGGUAAUUGAAAUGUAGUUGUCUCAUUGUCAUAAUUUCACUUGCUUGUUUGGUUUGGCAUUUUAGGGU